AUGCCCCCGAAAAAGGGAGCCAACGAUCAACCCUCCACCAAGGGUGGAGCUGGGAAGGGGAAGGAUCGCACCGAGGCCCAGGUCACGCGUGUCGAUUUUGGCCUGCCGUCCUCCAUGGUCCAGACGUUGCAAUCAAUUUCGUCGAGGGCAACACAGGACCUUUGGGGACAAGGAUCCUUUACGACAGAUGGUGCAACAGUGGAACAGUUGGCACAGCGAACAGCCAACACCCUGGGCCGCCUUUCCAAAAGACUCAAUGGCAACAUGCGCGCCAAAAAGGACCGACAAGAUGCGCUGACAGCCUGGGUUUCUAUGCUCAGCCAACAUUUGUUGGGCCUGACGCAUCGAGUGGAUGCCCUGUCUCGCAAGGUGGACGAGGACACAAUUGCUGCAGCCGAGGAGCUCCGUCAUGUCUCGGCAGCGCAACCGUCUGCAACCACCAACGAGCAGCUGGCGAGAGCAGAACAGGCCUUGGGUCCUGUUUGGACGGAUCCGCAGGUGCAGGAGGUACAUCGGCUCGCUGCUGCCCUCAAGGCGUUUGCUACUACGAACCCUUCAUCGCUGGACAUGCAUCCUGGCCCUGGGGGCUCUGUGGCUCUUUUGCCACGUGGCACCCUUGGGGCCCCCCUGCAGCCGGCCACUGCUAUGUCUGCAACUCUGAUGCCACCGGUCCCGCUUGGCCCACCUGCAGCACAUCCUGGUGGCUUUGGGAGCGGUGGAUCGGAGGCCAGCUUCGGGACCCCAGAACGCUCGACAGGCGUCGGAGAGUCGGAGGCGCGCAGUGGCAGAUGGCGCAAACGCAGUGGUGGCGGCGUCGAGCGGCCCUCCAAGAGCCCCCGGCGCGAUCUGCCACGGCCUCCAUGGCCGCGGGAAUCUACAGGCCGUACACCGGAGGCACCUCCGCGAGCUCCGGUCACUGUGGUGGCAGACGAAGGCUUGGAUGGCCAUGCUCCGUUGAAGUGCACGGACGUCUUGCCGCGGGUCCGGCAAGGACUUCUGGUUGCCAGCUUGCUGACCACAGGAGGCCUGCUGGAUCCCUUCUCAUUUGCACCCUCUACGGCCCAGGAAUGGCUGUUCCCCAGCCUCUUGCUGGAGGCCGAGGUGCAAUUGCGCGGCUUCGUCGCCCGGGAUGCCUCACAGGACCCACGUGUUCAAGUCCUACUGCGCCUGCCUUCCCCGUUCCUUGGUGCAGCGCUGGCCGAGGAACUGGACAAAGAACUCGAGUGGCGGUGCCUCAUCUUGUGCAUAGCUCUGUACAGAGUAGCCGUUGUCAGUGAGCGUUUCCUGGCCACAUACGGACCUCAGCUCUCGUGGCGCCGCUCGUGGCAGCUUAGCUGUACCCUGUCAGCGACAGCUUGGUGGGUGGCAGCUCUCUUUGGGCCGCCUACCUCCAUGUUUGCCUGCGCUUGCAUCAGUGAACUUUUGGCCUUCCUCCCUGGUCUUGCCCUGGACUUGGGCUCUACGCGCCUUGGCCAUCUUUGCACUUGUGCUUGUCCUGGCGGCUUCGCUUCCCGGAUGCUUGGUCGUGCACCCGGAAUGGGACUCCGUGCCGUCGUGUUGGCAGCAGUCGCUGCAAAAGCCGAUCGGGUGCUCGUGUAUCUGGCUGCCGUCGUCUGGGAACGGCCCUUUUCCUCGGCUACCUCUCGGUUGUGGAUGGCUCGACUUUGCACCUUGGUGUUCUCCUCGCAGCCUCCUGCUCGCGGUUUCCGGAGGCGGUGCAACUGCAUGCACAUGGGUUUCAUGAAGGACGUCCCGUUCUCAGCACAGGUCCUGUCUUGCCCACUCCCUCUGUGGAUGCUAUGUGUGAGGUUUAUCCAGUCGGCCGGACUGGUAAUCUUCUUCUUCCCCGCACGGACCGCAACCGCCGACACUUGGCUGUCUUCGUCGGCACUCCUCCGGGAGCGCCUGUUCUCGAGCCUUGCCCCGUCCCGUUCCUUGUGGAUGAAUGGCUCCAUGGUCCUCUCCUGCACGCUCGGUGAGCAGCUCCUGUUGUCCCCUGUUACCUGCACCUGGCGCCAGGUGUGGCUCCCGGUCGACCUCAGGUCUAUUGCUCAGCUUGCCAUGACAGCCCAGGAGGUUCGUGCUGACCUGGUCAGCCUCCCCACCUAUCCUACAGGCCCCGAGGUUUUCCACGGUACCGUGCAUCCUGGACUUUCGUCCAGUUGGCUGGUCCUCACCGGCAACUUCCCUCUAGUCUUAAUGUUCUUCCCACAUGUCUUCCGACAGGACUCCUCGUCCUCCUCUGAGGAACAGGCUGAUGCGACGCCUGGGUCUGCCUUUGAUGACGACCCGGAAGGGGACUUCGGCGAAGGUCCCUUGUGGAGGCUUGAAUUCUCCGGUUUGGGCUCCGCCCGUGAGGCUGCUGCCGAGAUUUACCGCCAGGCCAUUCGUUUGGGGCGCCCCCAGGUUGUUGCUGCGUCUGCAGGCCCCACCAGUGUUGUCUGUGCGGAGUUACCGUCUGAUUACACUGCCGCUCAGGUUUUGCGCAUUGCGCAACAGGCUUGCGAGGCGGAAGAGGUGCAGAUCUUGAAGGGCUUUGCUCAUCGCCUCCGACACGGCGAUGUUGUCCGGAUCGCGGCUGGUGCCACAGCUCGCACACUGGAUGUGUCAGCCUUUGUUCUCCCUUCCGACUCUGAGACGGCAUCCCGCUGGUUACAGACUUCUCGGCUGGUCUCCAUCCUUCACCCUAGCGACGGAGUACUCACCUUUGAGGUCCCGCGCUCGGCCGAUCUGACCACCCCGUUACUUCGGGCCCUGCUUGGCACCAGUAUCCCUGGGAAGCAUGUUUUCCUUGAAGUGCCAGGGGCCGACGCCCUGCCCCACUCCACCUUUGCUGCGGUGCGCCCGGGUCAGGACUGUAUCAUUUACAGGCUCACCGAUGUCCACGACCCCUCCGCGGUGGGGCUUUUCAUGGCCUUCGCGGGUGUGUUUUCGUCCUUCCCAGUGACGGGAGGACUGCCAUUUCUGGGUAGUGCACGCCCCGACCUUGUCAGUCUCUGGUGCGACGCGUGGCACGUCAAGUGCUUGAUAACUUGCAUCCCGGGCUUCACCGCAUGGGCCCUUCGAGAGGGCAGCAGCCUCCUGGGUAUGUGCACUCCGGCCCCUUCGUGGGAAGCUGUUGCCACCGCUCUUGAUAUCUCGCUGUGGGAGCUUCCGCACACGUUCCUCUCGGAUAACCAGCGUGUCUGGCCGUAUCCAAGUGAGCUCUCCGCCGUUGCGACUCGAUGCGUCAGCGUCGGCUAUGACUCGCAUGAAGGAGUUGCCCAACUCUGGACCUUGCCGGAUGGCUGCCUACAGCUGCGCAGGGACUUCGCCAGGCCUUGCACGAUGUCGUGGACGCAUGAGCUGAGCCGACAGACCUAUGGCUUCGCGGUAGCCUCCCCACAUCUUGGGGCCUACAUCGCUCGCACUUGCCCUUCCUCCGAGGUCCAAAUGCACCUCUGGCUUCCCGGACAAGGCCCUAUUCAUCUGCGUGUGGCGGCGCAGCACCUAGGUGCCCACUUAGGAGCCUACUUAGGGGGUUUCUUGCCGGCCUGUGAAUACGGUCUCCACGCCUUCGACUCUAACCCUCAGGUUCUUGAUCUUAUCAUCGCCCCUCCUGGUGCAGCCGCGUGGUGGAUUGUGAAAGAUACGAUUGGGUGCGAACUGUUGCGACCCGUGGUACAACACUACGUCUCGCAUUGCUCCUUUUUCUUCUGUGCCAUCGAGCCUGACGGUGCCGUCUACAGCGUGGAGCCAUCAGCAGAAGUGAGGUUCAUGACCCCAAGCCCGCAUGGAGCCCGAGCCCUUGUUGCUAAGGUCCUUCCUGGUCUCGUGGGUAGGGUGGUUGACGGGGUCCUUCAGGUUGUAGCCGCCAAGGCGGGCUCAAUGUCGCUUGCGGGAGGCUUGGCUCUUCUCUUGCUCAGUGGCCAAGCCGCCUCGAUGCAAACCGUUCCGGAGCUGCCCCUGGUACCAGCCGUUGAGCCGCCCACUCUGCCUGCGAUCAUGCGCAUCUGGACCCUCAAUGUCCGCCAGCCUGUGGAUCUACCAUGGCGGGCCGAAGGUUACCCCACCAGGUGGUUGCGUGAUCUCAUGCGCCGUUUGCACAGCAUCGAUGAUCCCGGCGAGUUUCGGUCCACGUGUGGCCCCCGGGACAGCGGCGUCCAGCAUGUUCUGUUUGUACCAUUAGUGCCCCCCACUGUGCCGCGCAAUCGCUUUUGGCUCUUGCACUGGGGUGAGGCGGCCGUCGUUGCCUUUGGUCACACCCCCUUCAGUUGGGAUGUCGUCUCGGCACAUUUGCGCACGCUCUUUCCGGGGGGCCAAGUCCCCGACCGUUGCCCAGCCAUCGCCUACGCCGGUGCCUUUUAUCCCCCGGGUGCUGCUUUGCCAGACCUCCCGUCUGGGGCAAUUAUCCAGCUUCUAACCGGAGCUCUGGCUCGUGUCCCCAGUGAAGACGACCCUUGGCAUCCUGAACCUUAUGUUGUGGACGGCCCGUGGUUCCAACAUGUCCCCAGCAAGGGACCUGCACUCGAGCCCGCAAUUCUCAUUGAUGCUGGGGGCAGCAGGCGGCCCGACGGCUACGUGCCAACUACAUUGGUUGACCAGGGCACUCAAACCGAUCUGUCGGGCAACGGUACCGGUCUCGAUCAUGCCACAGUUUCUAGAGUGCACUCUCUGGCCCAAGAACUCACCUUCCACACCUCCAGGCUAUGGGCUGGCCUUGCCGAGCCCGACGCAGAGCCUGCUGACUGCGCCGGGCCAGUCUCUCGGCCCCCCGAGAUCACUGCUGCUGCUGCGGCCUUGCCACCCGACGUCGACCUAUUGGAUAUGGGCAGCCCCUCCGGUUGCCAGCGGGGAGCAGCGAGCUCCUGGGCCCUCUUGGUGCUUCUGGGGACGCUUGGUCACCCCCGCCUUGGCCUCCUCUUCAGCCUUCUGCAUGUCUCCCCUCUUUGUCGGGGGUCCUAUAUCCUCCCGGGGUCGGCUAGCUCCGAUGAAGAGCCUGCCCCUAAUACCUCUAACUCCGACAUGGUCGCGGUGAAUAUGUCGUCUGCUAGCUCUGCUCCGACACCAUUCUCUCAACCUGCAGGGCCACCACCUCCUGAUCCUGUCAACGCUCCCUUUCAGCCCCGGCUCCUCUUUCUGCGCGCGGCCCGUCCACUGGAGGACUAUGCUUUGGGCCUGUGGCCCUCUCCUGUUGACCGGGAGCCGGCGGCCGAUGAGGACGCCGUCCGCAGAGUGCACUUUUGCAGCGGCUAUUCCGCUAGGCACACCCUUCUGCAUUCAUAA